AUGCGAUUAUGGUGCGAUAAAGUGUUGAAUUGUCCGAUAAGUGGUUCGGAUGAGCAAAAUUGUUCAUCUACACCUCCUAUGAGCUUUCCACAUACAAAGUUUCAGAUUGAAAACGAAUAUCGAAUGCUAAAUGAUGUUUUAAAUCAAUUUGAGAAUACAAGUUUAUUAGAAUUUGUUGGUUAUCGGAAAAAAACUUCUGAACAACCGAUUACUAUGCUGUUGUCUGCAUACGUCAACACGUUUUGGUUAUCACUUAUACUAUUGAUUUCGAUAUUUAUUAUAUUUAUUAUAACUAUUUUAUUAUGUGUAUAUAAAUUAUUAAAACGCAAACAUGAAGCUGGUACAGUGAGAGUUACUGAAGUAAAAGAUUAUCCUACAAACUCUGAAGUCUGUAAUGAUGAUACAUUGAAAAAUAGUAUAAACAAUAAUCAUUAUUCAGAGAAUGCUUUCUCUGAAGAUCAAUUAAAUAAAGAAGAAACUUGUAAUGAUGAUUUUCAGAAUAAUAAUAGCAGUAAUGGUAGUGGUAAUAAUGAUUAUCAUAAAUUUUUACCAAGUGAUGUUAAUUACCUGAAUGGUUAUUUGAACUCACUGGGUAACCAAGAGAUAGCUCCACUCAUUAAUGUAACAGAAAAACAAUAGCAAGUAAUUAUGAUCGUGUGUGGGAUAGGAAGUACGCUUGAAAAAUACAUAUAUGGUUCAUUUGACUUUAUGAAUUAUCAAAUCAUUGUUAGCUGCAUUGUACUUCCUUUACUUCGUUUAACGUUUUCUACACUUUGCAUCUAUUAUCUAUGUUUGGUGCAUUUUGUGUUUUGAGAUCGUGCGUCUCUUUUUUUAACGAUACAAAAUGUCUUAGUACCCGGUAGGAUUGGAGAAAUAAAUUCUUUUUCUUAGCGUAUUAUGUUUUAGUGCUCGACAAAAAUAUAUAUAUCCAUCCGAGUUGAUUAUCUUUCUGGUAUCCAUGUUGAUUUUCAUCCAAACUAGUGGUUAUCCUUUCAUCGUUUAUAUAUAAUUUAAACUUCCUCUAACUUACUAUUCAUUCAGUUAUUUGGUUCCAGAAAAAACAUCAUUUAAAAACCACUCUACC